CUUCAUUUCAUGGAUCUUCAUGACAUUUGAAGCCCUUUAUGCGUAACUGUAUCCGACUCAAGAGAAAUCUGCAAACAGCUGUGACUCAGCAGAAAGAACACCGCGCGCACGCGCACACACACGCACACGCACACCUGAUGUUAGGUGUUUAUUCCACCUGUUCCUAACAAAGACCACGCCCCCCAGCUCGACAUCUGUAGGUAAAAGCAGCGCCCGGCACAGCAGCUGAGGACGCUCCGCCAGGAUGGAUCUGUCAGCAGCCUUGUGUGACGAGCAUAAGCCGACCGUGCCCUGCGAGUCCAGUGCCCCGGGAGAGGCCUGCCACCAUCGGCACAAGAAGCAUGGAAAAGGACAUUCGAGCAGCUCGGAUUCCAGUUCCAGCUCAUCAGAAAGCGAUGGAGAAUGUAAAAAGUACAAAGAAUGCCACAAGGAGAAGGACAAAACACACAAAGUGAAGAAAGAAAAGAAAAAGGAGAAGAAAGAGAAGAAAAAAGAGAAGAAAGCUGAAAAGCACUAACAUGGCUUACUAUGGAUUUACAUAACAAAUAAAUAAGAAUCAACUGAACAAACAAACA